UAAAAACGAAUUUUAUAAAAAAGUAACAUCAAAAGUUGAAAAUUUACAAUCAAUUUGUGAGAAAAUUUAUUUUGUUUUAUGGAAAUUAAUACAUUUGUAAACCCCAAAAUGACCAGCAGUAAUUUGAAUAAAAUUAUACGAACCAAUCUCAAUCUAAAUUCCAAAAUCUUAUCGAAAAAUACCAACGAAAUUGUUAAUACCUGCAUAGGAAAAUUAUACAAACAAAUACCAAUGACAUUUAAGAAUGGCUUGCAGCAGUCAAAAUUGGCGAACGAAAUCAAAUCGGAAAACUAUGGACCAGUAGAAAGGUAUAAAAUGCAAGAGCGUAAAAGGCAACAAACAACAGGAAUUAAACCUCUGAAGGGCAAGAGUAAUGUUUAUGACACACAAAUGCUGUGUAAUUUAAUGAAUAUGAGCAAAAAACCAGCACCACUUACACCUAGAAAAUUACUCAAAACGGCUUCUUAUAAAAUCUUUAACUCCAAACGUUAUUGUUCUAGUGUUAGUAGCUCGAGUGGUAGUAUAUUGUACCGCAAGGAGGAUAAGCAACGUUCAAUGCGUAACUAUCAUACUCCCGCUAAGAACAAUGUGGACAAAGUCCUUCCUAAGAGGUCGGGUAUAACACAACAUAAUCCAGCUGCUUUAAUCAUGCCUACCCGCAAUCAACAUAUAAGUUCUAAUUUAGAUUCUAUGCAACGGGCCAUGAAAGUUAGUAGUCAGAUACAAAAAGAUCUAAUGGCUAUAGAUAAAUUAUUAAAAAAUCGUCUAAAAGUGGCAGGCAAAAUUGCGGACACAAAAACAGCGAUUGUACCAGCAAUAAAUGCAAAAGAACAGCAGCAUACAAAACAAAUACUUAAUAAACCCCAGAUCCACAAGCAAAUCAAAGAUAUCUCCAAUACUUUGGAGAAAAAGAAAACAAUUAUGCCUUUAACUGAAACCAUUAAGCCUUUAAAAAGACAAAAACUUUGGCAUAAAACCACCAUUUUAGAGAGCAAAAAUAUUCCUGGUUUUACAGAUUCCAAUGAAGAAAAUAAACAGAAAAUACCUGUCAACACACAUUUUAUACGUUUCCCUGAAAAACAAGACAAGCUAAGUGAGCAUUUAGCAAAUACUAAUAAUAUAUUAAAGAAAUCUGCUCUUCAUGCACCGAAUAUUAAGGAAUCACGUAAACCUUUGAAAUCUAAAGGAAAUAUUGUUCCCUCAGCCACCUAUUGGUUGCUUAAGCCAAAUCAUUUUACACCAAUGGAGUACAUCAAUUGAGGAGAGUAAAACUUAAAUAUGACUUUGAAAAUUAUAUAAACCUUUUUAUAUAAAUUUUGAAAUCAUUUAAGUUUUAUAGAACCAACUAAAUUACUAGUACAAGGUAAAUUCCUUAUUACUAAAAUAAUAAAGAAUUUUCCUUGUAUUAUAAUUAGUGAUUAGUUCUCAGACUUAAUGAAAAUGCAUUCCUUUUUGUUCUCAUGUAUAUUUAAUAAAUGUACA